AUGGCUACCCCCAGAGUCCUUACCUUUGAUGCUGAGGGUCGUGCUGUUGACUUUGAGGUCUGGGUCGAUGACCUCCAGCUGUUCCUCCAGUGCGAUAGGGCAGACGGACUCUCCCUGUUCGAUCUCACCUCUGGUGCCUCCCCUGCCCCACCUACUACUGCUGACAGCACUCUUCGCUCACAGUGGGCCACACGCGAUGCUGCUGCCCGUCUUGCUGUGCGUCGCCACUUACCGACCACAGAGCGUGCGCACUUUAGCCAGUACAAGAGUGCUAAGACCUUGGACCACUUCCUCUCACUUUGCCCCACCACACUCACCGUUGACCUCCUUGAGGAGCGCCUCCUAGCAGCCGAGAAGAGCAUAGUCGCUGUAGGAGCCUCUCGUGGUGACCCUCGCACCCUCGUCUUUGAGGGGUGCUCCCCUUCCCCCCUCUUGCCCUCUGUUGCUUCUGCUGGUGCGGCCGACCUCGUUGGUUUCGAGUCGGUCGGCGCUGCGUCUACCCCUAGCGGGAGACGCCGCACCGGCAAGGGCAAGGGGGGCAAGGGCGCUAGAGGGGCUGGCGGGGGCGGUGGAGGUGGUGGUGGAGGCAGUGGAGGGGGUGGGGGUGGUGGUGGGAGUGGUGGCGGGGGUGGAGGUGUCGGUGGCAGCAGUGGAGGCGGAGGAGGCGGCGGCGGUGGCGGAGGGAGCGGAGGCGGCGGAGGUGGCGGAGGCGGCGGAGGUGGCGGGGGCGGCGGAGGUGGUGGAGGCGGCGGCGGCAGCGGUGGAGCUGGUCAUGGCUCUGCGCAGAGGAGUGGGUCCGGUGGUGGUCCGCGCCUGCAGCAGCAGCGCAGUCGUGAGACCCUGUCCCCUCAGCAGCUUCGUGAGUGGUACGCUGCACGUCAGCGCGGUGGGGGUACUGGUCCCUGCACCUAA